ACCCGCCCUGUCUGCACGCGCAGCUCCGCUUUCACAGCUCCAUCUGCACUCUUUUAUAUUUAUGUUAUUUUCUAAAAUAUAAAAACAAAUCAGCGUGAAGAAACGAGAGGAUUUAGGAUCACAUUAUUAUUGAUAUUAUUAUUAAUGUUAUUAUUUUAUGGUUAUCAAUAUCUCUUUUUACAGAUUUGUUCAACAUUUUAUUUUUGUCUCUCUUUAGCUAAAAUCUUAACAUCAUAUAGUCUGAGUAUUGUAUUGGAUCCGGUUCUGGGUUUUUCUGGGUUCGGUCAGGUUUGGGUCCUGAUGGCGGCUCACCGGGUGGCUCGGCGGGUCAAUAAGAUGUGUGGUAAUCAUUCACCGGGGCGUGCUGGCGGCGGGCGGGGUUCUGGGCAGGGCGUGCAGCGGCGGCUGCAGGCCCGAGUCACCGUGAAGUACAACCGGAGAGAACUGCAGAGGAGGCUGGAUGUGGAGAGCUGGAUCGACCGGGGACUGGACGAGCUGUACCUGGGCCGGGAGGACGAGAUGCCGGAGGAGGUGAACAUAGACGAACUUCUGGACCUGAAGACAGACGAGGAGCGGACACAGAGACUGCAGGACCUCUUCCACUCCUGUAGCAACAACACGGAGAUCUUUAUCUGCGAGCUGCUGCUGAAGGUUGACGGUCUACAGAAGCAGGAGGAUCUGCACAACGACGGCAUCGACCUCCCGCAGCUCCACGUCUCUCCCGCCCGCUCCGGAUCAGCUGACAGGGAGGUGCUGCACUGACAGCAAGCGCACCCAGUCUGAUCCUGCACACCACUAUGAGCAGGAGGCUCUGCAGAAGAAAACAAACACACCCAAACUGUCCCGAGCAUGACAAGACUUUUAUCUGUUGGUUGACUGGUUCCUGCUUUCAUUAUAAAUAUUAUAAAAUAUUUCUAGAUAUUAUUAGAUAUUCUUUAGAUAGUAUUACAUGUUUCUAGAUGUUAUUAGAUAUUCAAGAGAAAUAUGAAUUUUUAUUGUCACAAAAUCACAGUUUUCACUUCGAACACCAUGUCUAUUUCUGUCUUUAAUCACAGUGUGACAUGAAGCAUUCAAGGGACAGAAAACAUUAUUAUACAAAUACAUGAAUAAAUAAAACAAAUAAGUACAAUUAACUCAAUGUGGUUUGUUACGGUAAAACCUUUUAUGUCUCUAAUAUAUAAUUUAUUGUUUUUUUGUUUGAAGAAUCAAUAAUUAUUGACAAAUUAAUACAUCCAUCAAUGAAGGAAUAUAUCAUCAAUUACAGAAUCAAUGAAGACAUUUCUAAAUGAAUAUGUAUUAAUAGAUUAAUGGAUCAAAUAAAUAAACUGUUUUUUGUUUUGUUU